AUGGCAAGCAGUGCUUCUUUGUGCAACCUCUCUAGCGCACCAGAGUUCUUGGCAGCGCAUCCCGAGAUCCUCGUUGGCCGCCAGAAACUAACAGAGGCGGAAAACAAUACCGGAUGCGACACCUUCGAAAUUGUGAACAGGCCCUUGAACAACCUCAUUCUCAUUCAAAGCUUCAAUGCCGACACGCUGGAACGAGUUUACGUUGUUGCCCUCGUCGACGAUCAAAAGGCAUUAAACAGCUAUAACGCGGCUGCUGACGACGAUGAAGACGAGGACGGCGACUCCAGAAAUGGCUGCGCCACGUGCGGCGUGGGAACUGGAACCGGAGGGCGCAAGCGAGGACCAGAAGACUAUCUUUUCCCACGCAUGGUGACUUGUGCAGAUACUUGCCCCGAAAAGCAGGUCGGACUGAUGUGGCCGGGAAAAUGA